AUGUCCCGUAAAACGAAGAAGCUUACGAAGAAGCAGUUCGCCAAAAUCAUGCAAUUAUCGAUGUCUGUCUGGUUUGCCAAGUCUUUGGAAUUUACUAUUUGGUUUGUUCUUCGAUGCUUAACUGGAUGGAGCACAUUAUUAGACAAGGCGAAGCUUGAGGGAUUGAUUCUACGCAAAGUCUACACUCAAGAGGGUAUUCUUUUCCCUAUUGAUCAUGUUAUGACUGAGUAUUCUUCGAUGACUAUUCCUAAGGUGUUGGUGAAUGAUUUAAAGAUAUUUCCUAUGAUUGCUCGAAUUCUAGAUUCCAUGUUUAAUCUAGUGACUCCUUCUCAUGAGUUUUUUGUUCAUUAUCUUGUUAACAUUGGUUCUACUACAACUGGAAGUUUACCACCAAAGGUUUCGAAUAAGGGUGCUGAAGGGAUAUCACAUGUAGACACAUCCAUAAAUUAUACAACAACAAUCGAAUUCCAUGUUGUUACUUCGCCUACUUUACAACCACCAUUGUCAUCACCACCCUAUACUUCAACCAUUGUUCUUCCUACAUCUACUUUGUUGUCACAAAAAUUUUCUGGUGUUCUACAACAACCCAUUGUUGCAUUGUUUUCAUCUCGAUCCAUAGAACAUUAG